CUGAGGUCAGAGAGGUAAAAAAAAAGAUGUAUCCAUCUGCCUCAUUUUACCUCUUCGGAUUGCGUCUCUUAAUGUAUGGGAGAUACGUUUGGCAGUUUGAAUGAGUCCUGGAACCGAGAGUCACCGGCAAGCAUGGGUGUCAAAGUAGCUGUGAGCUGCACUGUGCUGUAUGUCCUGCUGGACUUGAUUGUCACCACUGUCCUGUACACACACGGAUCACACUUGAGGAUAUUCAAAGAGGAUGUCCUGAACUUCAUCAUCAUCCAGUCGACGUUGGACCUCUGGGGGAUCGUGCUGCUCAGGGCUGCCCUCCUGCUAGGAGCCUCCAUAGGGGUCUCCUGGAAUAGACAUGACGGCCCGCCGAGGGUCGGGAGACUCUCCACCCUUGUCGUCUUCAUCUCCCUGAUCCUUAUCACCUACACCCUGGCCAAGCUGCUGUUGCUGACUGAGCUGGAGCCUCCCACCCACCAGCCCUGGUCCCUGAGCCUAAUAUGUUGGACCUGCGCCUCCUCUCUGGGCGUGUUGCCACUCUGGAGACUGCUGGGGAAGGAGUCCAACAGGAGUCCCGACGGUAGCAGCAGUGUUGGAGGAAAAGGAGGAGGAGAGGGGGACUGUGAGGACACUGAAAAGCUGGUGGGGGCUGCUGGCGAGGAGGAGCAGGAGGUGGGCUGUGAGAGGAGGAGGAAAAAGAUGAAGGAUGAGGUGGAGGAGGGAAGCCAGGAGAAGACCAGCUCUGGGGCGACACUGGGACGUCUGCUGAACUACUGCAGGAAGGAUGGUGGGCUGCUGUCCGUAGCCGUCCUCUUCCUCCUCAUCUCUGCCGUGUGUGAGGCCUUCAUACCGUACUACUAUGGGAAAGCAAUAGACGGCAUCGUGGUUCACCAGAGCAUGGAGUACUUCGCUAAGCCUGUGAUCACGCUGUCAGUGCUGGCCUUAGCAAGUUCACUCGCAAUGGGGGUACGCGGAGGGGUCUUCACCCUGACAUUCGCCAAACUGAACCUGCGGCUCAGGAACCAUCUCUUCAGAACUCUGAUGAGGCAGGAAAUUGCCUUUUACGAUGAAAACCAUACAGGUGACAUCAUUUCACGCCUGUCGGCUGACACCACCCAGGUGAGCGACCUCAUCUCCGUGAAUAUCAACAUCUUCCUGCGGAGCGUCAUCAAGGGCGCUGGCUUCUCCAUCUUCAUGCUGGGGAUGUCCUGGAAGCUCACGCUAGUGGCCUUCAUGGGCUUCCCUUUCAUAGGCUUCGUCUCCAAAUUUUAUGGCGAUUACUACAAGAAAUUGACCAAAGAGGUGCAAACUGUCCUCGCGGAGGCCAACAAAGUGGCGGAGGAGACCAUUUCGGCCAUGAGGACAGUGCGGAGCUUCGGCAACGAGGGCGGGGAGGCCGACUCCUACUACGGAAAGCUCUUGGCCAUGUUCCAGCUCAACAAAAAACAAGCCCUGGCCUACGCCGGCUACAUGUGGUGCAGUUCUAUCUCAGAGCUUGCUUUAGAGGUUGCCAUCCUCUACUACGGCGGCCAUCUUGUAGUGACCGGUCAGAUGAGUGGAGGUGCUUUGAUAUCUUUUUUCAUAUACGUGCUCGAACUGGGAGAAUGUCUGGAGAGCAUUGCAUCGGUGUACACGGGCCUCAUGCAGGGAGUCGGGGCUGCCGAGAAAGUUUUCGAGUACCUGGACCGGGAACCCAAACACCCGGCAGACGGCACAGAGGCUCCGGACGCCUGCGCUGGUGUGGUUGAGUUUAAAGACAUCACAUUCGCCUACCCGACGCGCCCCGACAUUGAUAUCCUAAAGGGAGUGUCGUUCACUCUGCGGCCCGGGGAGGUCACCGCCCUCGUGGGACCUUCAGGCAGCGGGAAGAGCUCCUGUGUGAGUCUGCUGGAAAACUUCUACCUGCCCCAGAAAGGCCAGGUGCUCCUAGAUGGAAAGCCCAUUCACGCAUUCCGCCACGACUAUCUCCACUCCAAGAUAGGCCUUGUGGGCCAAGAGCCUGUGCUGUUUGCCCGGACGGUGGAGGAGAACAUCACCUACGGCCUGACUGACAUCCCUAUGGAGGCUGUGGUGCAGGCUGCCACCAAGGCUAAUGCUCACGAUUUUAUCACCGCCCUACCUACAGGCUACGACACAAGUGUUGGAGAGAAAGGCACCCAGUUGUCUGGGGGGCAGAAACAACGGGUGGCCAUCGCUAGAGCUCUGAUCCGCAAGCCUCGAGUUCUCAUCCUGGACGAGGCCACCAGCGCCCUGGAUGCGGAGAGCGAACACGUCGUCCAGACGGCUCUGAACGACAUCAUGCGGGAGCACACGGUGCUGGUGAUCGCCCAUCGGCUCAGCACGGUGGAGAAGGCAGACAACAUCGUGGUGAUAGACAGGGGCCGCGUUGCCGAGCAGGGGUCUCACGCUCAGCUGAUGGCCAGCGGGGGGCUCUACUACAAGCUGGUGCAGAGGCAGGUCCUGGGCAUCGAGACGGGGGCGGAGGUCCUCAAUCCGGCAGAAGGAGACAGCCAGAAGACCGGCGGGGGCGGCAGCGGAGGAGACAAAGCAGCAGCAGCGGCGGCGGUGGUGGCGAGCCAGACUGCGAUAUGCGCUACUGAGAGUGAACUGGGAGUGAACUGGGAGUGAGAAUGGACUGCUGGAUGUUCAUGGGGGUAUGAUCAUUUUGUAGCUUCUCUGGGAUUCUUGUGUAUGAAUUGCUUAUGUACUGUGGGUCCUCAAACUAAAUUUACACUACAGAACACUCAAAACACUCGCCUCAGAAAUGAAUGUGUGAAAACAUAUCACAGAGGAUUGGCUUUGCCACGAGGAAUAAAUUAAUGAAUGUCCACUAUCACUAAGUGAUAUAUCAGCUUUUAUAAUGGGCAAUAUGUUGCUGUUGAUGUACUAAGGUUGUGUUUGUUCUUUUAAUACGUCAUUACCAUCCAGACAAAUAAAUUAUUGUUUUACUUAGGUCUUCUCAAGGAUGUUCAAUUACAUCAAUGGUAAUUCAACAAGUGAGCGCUCUAAUGACUUCAAAGAAAAGACCGGUGCCGUUGUCUGUUAUAUUUAAUUCACUACAAAGAUAUAUGAUUGUCAUGGGGAUAUAUUAAUUA